AUGCCUUACACCAUCAAAGUCCGCGUCUACCAAACCAACCAAAACGCUUACUUCCACGUCGUCGAGCAAGCCUGCUGGAACUACACCGACGGCUGCGAGUGGAGUGAACAAAACGGCGUGCUGUCACUCUACAUGGGCGACAGUGGCACUUCAGGCAUGCUGCGCUUCAAGAAUGAGCAAGGCAAGGAGGCUUUCUCUGUUGCCCUUGGCGUUCACAUGUACAAGCCUUGGGUUGACAUCGUCACGGGCCUGGCCGACAACAUCACUGGUGUUCAGUCUUUGCCGGAGUACUAUGGCGAGCCAACUGAUAAGACGAAGAGGCGUGGUCUGAACACUGAGCAGACGGUUUUGAACAUUGAUCGUAGAAAAGUUUCUGCCAAGUUUCGUGCUAAGGAGGGAGAGAGCCUUGAUCUUGAUAUCAUUAUUGGAUAG